GCCACCUCAGCCUGCCCUGCAAUUGAAUAGCCACUCAUCACUUUCUACCCUAAAAACUCCUCCAUGGCGCCUUGAGAAAAGAGCUUUCUUGGAAUUUUGGUUGAUCAAAGAUUGGAUUUUUAUGAGCUGAAAGCUUAUAUUAUGAGGUUGUCCAGGUGCGGUUUGUAGCUUUUUCAGGUUUAUAUGACAAAGUUUUGAUUUUGUAGCUUUCUUGGGGUGGUAAGGAUUGUGGGUACUGAUUAUAUAUGACAAAGUUUUGGUUUUGAUAGCUUUCUUGGUUUGUUAAGGAUUGUGGGUAGUGAUUAUAUUUGUUGUGGAAUGAGUUUGUGAAGAUGGUAUCUGAAGUGGGUAGGAGACCAAUGAUGGGAAACAAUGAAAAUUCCUUAGGAGAUGAGUUUGAGACAGAAAUUGGGAUUUUUCUUCGUGACUGAAGCCGAUGAUCGCGAAAAAGCUUUGAAUAUGUAUAGAAGUGGAUCAGCUCCACCUACUGUUGAAGGUUCAUUGAGUGCAGUUGGUGGAUUGCUUAACAAGAAUGGUUUCAUGUCUGAGGAAAAACUUAGGUCUGAUCCUGCUUACUUAUCUUACUAUUACACAAAUGUAAAUCUUAAUCCUAGGUUGCCUCAACCACUGUUGUCCGGAGAAGAUGAGCGGUUUUCGCAGAGGUUGCAAGGAGGAGGGAGUUCCGCAAUCGGUGAUAGGAGGAAAGUAAACAAGAAUGAUAGUCGUAGUAAUGGUUGGAGGUCACCCUUUGCGAUGCCUCAGGGAUUUAAUAACUCGAAAAAAGCUGAGAGCGAGAACGAGAUGGGUAAAUUACAGGUUCCAGUGGAAUGGGGCGGUGAUGGGCUGAUCAGUUUGCCAGGACUAGGACUUUGUAGUUAAAAGAAGAGCACUGCUGAGAUGUUCCAGGUGCAUACUUGAAACUUUAUUUAGUGUAUUUUUUACAAUUUCAACUUUGACCAAUGGUUGUUUAGAUUCCAAGAUUCAGCUAAAAGUUUGUUACUUGCUAUGUUUAGUCGUUCUCCGUUUUCAGUAUGGAUGUGUUUGAAAGAGUUUCCUUUGUUGACCGAGGUUAAAGAAUUUAAAACCUGUGAAACAAUAAAAAGUUCAAUCUGAAUGUUCAUUAUUCUUGUCCAUUAGACUAAUUGUCUGUAAAUUGUUUCACCUCCUUAAAUUACAGGCUAAUUGCAUUUACUCCGAGCUGUAAUUUGUUGCGGUUUUCAAUAUUAACCUACCUAACGAAAUUUUCUAUGUUGUGCAAGCUUCAUAAAUAGAUCAAUAUCAUAUUGAUGUGUUGCAAAUUCUAUCUUCAAUACAUUCUUCAACUACUUCCGGAAACAAAUGAUUAGUCCCCUGCUUCUUGUGUUCCAUGAAUAUCCGGGACAUCGAGGAAUAUCUGGAAAAGCAUUCGAGGAUCUGCUUUGUGUAGCUUGCUGAACCUUUUGACUGUGCUAUAAAAUAGAACAACACAGAGCACAACCACACUUCUAUGAUGACAUGAUGAUAAAUGAAAUUGAUUACUUACAUUAGACAGGAUGAUAAGAUGGAAUUGUUGGAUCAUUCCAUGGCCAGUACUGUACAGGGCUUUUCUCAGUUUGUUUCUUGCUGUCAACUGUGAUUCUGUUCUAGCCCUGCAGGUUUGUUUCUCUUUUAAUCAAUUUUGCCCAUAUCUUCUUCUCUUUUUCCUUUUUUUUUUUUUUUUUUUUUGGGUUUCUCUGUAUCCCUAACAUCAUAGCUUUUUCCUUUCUAUCUUCGAACUUUCGCAGAAGUGCUUCUUCAAUUUCUACAGGCUUUCCGAAGUGUUUUGUGUUCUUCUUGGGUGUUAUAGCUACAGGUACCCAUUAGAGUUAUGAAAGUCUGCUCCUUUUGCCAUAAGGACAAACAUCAAAUACACCCAUAGAGAAGCUUUGAGAAUGGACAUAUUUUAAACAUCAUAUAUGUUGCUUAUUUUGAAGCUUAAUAGCUCGAUUUGCUUUAUAUCAUCUACAUGUUUUGGCUUUUGAUGAUAUGAUACAGAUACAAUUGCGAGGUUGUACUUAAUUUGUAAGAAAGUCUGUAAUGCUGCAAUACUUUCGGCUGAACAAAGAUACAGUUUGUAAUAAUUUAGUCCUUCGUGUUGUAAAUUGAACAGGUGAAGUAUCUUAUCAAGUAUCUUAUCAGUAAACAAAUCUGAACAUCUAUGCAAUAUUAUUGUAUAAUAACAUGUAAAAGCCGUACUGUUAGGUGAUGUUCUGGACUGUCUUGUAAUAAUGAUAUUAUGUUGGGCCCGUGUUGGCACGGGCCAUCCACCCCUAGUAUAUAAGAUAUUCUCUAAUUACUUGGCAUAGCUACUUCUAAGAGGUAAUUAUUGAUAAUAACUAUCUUUUAAUUUAUUUAUACUUAGUAGCCACAGUGAUUUUGUAAAUUCUCAUUCGUAGCUAUACCAAAAUACAUCAAGCUUCCGUGGCUGGAGUGGUUAUUGGCUCUGCCCUUGCCCGCCCAGGUUCAAACCCAGCCAACCACAUUACUUUUCUUACAUAUUUUUCCUAGCUUCCUCUCCUUGUAUUUUGAGUGUAUCUGAGUGUAUUUCGUCAUAUGUAUUUGGCUCAUAUUAUAUCUCAUAUGUAUU